AUGACAAGAAACCGCAUUGAAAAAAAGAUAAGCUUAUUUAAUAUUGUUAUCUUGCUUUUAGGAAAAAAAUAUCUCUUAUCAAAAACCGAUAAAAAUUAUUGUCCCUUCAUUGAAACAUUGUCAUUUGGCUCAGAUAUUGAUAUUAAAUGUAACAAUAGUUACUUAAUAUUUAACGAAACUAAUAGUGAUACAUUAAAAUGGAAAUUUGCUAAUCAAACAUCGAUUUGUAAUCAAAAUGGUGCACAACAAGCUUAUAUUGAUCAAUGUGGAAUUAGUCGUAUUGGUUCAAAUUAUUUGAAAGUUCCAUUAAAGUCUUUACAACAUGAUGAAUAUGCUUGUAUUUAUUGUCAAAUAGAUUAUAAGCCAAUGGCAGCCUUGAUUACUGCAGUUCAGUCAGAUGAAGGUGAAUAUAUUUUAUAUAUUUUUAAUAUAACAGCUGCCGGAUUAGAACAUAACGAGUCAUUCGAAAUUCUCUGGGCUAAGCGUACUAGUGAUGAAAUUCGACAUUCAUUUAAUUAUUGGUUCUCACAAAGAUGUAUUAAUACCCUAGUAACAAUUAUUCAAAAUACUGGUCAUACAAUAAUAUUUACUGCAGAUGAUGUAGCUAUUAAUCGAGUUGAAUUUAUUAUUCGUCGUUGCAAUGGCACUUGUCGAAAUUAUGAUGAAUGUCCUGAAAAAGAAUUUCUUAAAGAUAUUGAUUCAAAUCAUUUACAAAUUCCUGAUUCAAUUGAAAAACUAAGUUGUGAUUCUGAUUGUUUAAAUGAUAUUUUUACAACAACAAUAACUGGCAUGAAAAAUAAUAUUUAA